AUGGCUCCUGAAAAGAAGGGUGACGAGAAGAAGGGCCGUUCUGCUGUCAAUGAAGUGGUGACCAGAGAGUACACCAUCAACAUUCACAAGCUCAUCCAUGGAGUAGUCUUCAAGAAGCAUGCCCCUCGAGCACUCAAGGAGAUUCAGAAAUUUGCCAUGAAGGAGAUGGGAACACCAGACUUGCUCAAUGACACCAGGCUCAACAAAGCUGUCUGGGCCAAAGGUAUGUGGUUGUCUAGAAAACGUAAAGAGGAUGAAGAUUCACCAAGCAAGUUCUAUAUACUGGUGACCUAUGUGCCGGUCACCACUUUCAAAAACCUACAG